AUUUUAGCUUAUGCUUGGGUGAUAUGACAAUAAGAAGCCUAAAGUUUCUACUAUUUUUGGGAUCAGCUAGUUUCAACUCCAAGCAAGAAUAAGGAGAAGAGGUGAAGAAAGCAUUUUUCUACAAUGGAAGAACUUGAUGAAAGUAUCAAAGUAUCAACUUUCCAUCUUGGCUGGUUGUUGUUGCUCUUGCUUGCUUCUAUUACAUGUUUACAACAAGCUAUAGCUCGUCUUAAACAGAUUUGAACAACGAAAUGUUACAGUAACAAAUGGAUAGCUUAACUAUCCAUUUCUUCAUUUCUUUUGUGCGUCACUUGAUACCAAGGAACUGCCAAGGAUGUUAACGUGUAUUGGGCCACUAAGUAACAGCGAAGAGCAGUAGAUACAUGUUGUGUAGACACGUGUUAUGGCACACGUGUCUCGUUCCUCUUUUAUGUUGCCACGGCACGAAAGCACCGAAGAGCGCGUGCGGUCAGUGCCCAUUCGCCACCGCCCAUCUCCCACUCAUCCAAAGUGGGAUCUCCAUUACGAGUCAUCCAAAAUGGAGCUCGGUGACGAUGGGUGUCUCUCUGCAAAUCUUGCAUCAUAUGUUACAAAAGACCUUAUCUCGCCAGCCUUUGUAAAUCACAAGGACGCCAUGAACGCCUUGGCGCUCUCGCAGCUCCCGACGGUCAUCAAUGGCGGAUUCCAGCGUGUCCCGCUCCCCCGAAGCACCUUCCCCACGCCCGUUCCCUUCUUCGAGUCGAACGGGACCAAACCUUCUCUCAUCCGAUGCCAAUCGACAAGUAUGGAGAAACCAAAGACUUCGAAAAGAAAUCUCCUUGACAAUGCAAGCAACCUUCUUACUAAUUUCUUAAGUGGGGGUCGCCUUGGAGAUAUGCCCACUGCUGAAGGUGCUGUCUCUGAUCUGUUCGGUCGGCCUCUUUUCUUUUCACUCUAUGAUUGGUUUCUAGAGCAUGGCUCAGUUUACAAACUUGCCUUUGGACCCAAAGCAUUUGUUGUUGUAUCUGACCCUGUUGUGGCAAGACAUAUCCUUCGUGAAAAUGCAUUUUCCUAUGAUAAGGGAGUUCUUGCUGAAAUUUUAGAACCAAUAAUGGGAAAAGGGCUCAUACCUGCAGAUCUUGACACUUGGAAACAGAGGAGAAAAGUUAUUACACCUGGAUUUCAUUCUUUAUUCCUGGAAGCCAUGGUGAAAGUUUUUACUGACUGUUCUGAAAGAAGCAUAUUGAAAUUUGAGAAACUCUUGGAAAUACAGAAUUCUGAAACAAAAGAAAUUGAGUUGGAUCUUGAAGCUGAAUUUUCAAGUUUAGCACUUGACAUAAUUGGUCUGGGUGUGUUCAACUAUGACUUUGGCUCUGUGACUAAAGAAUCUCCUGUUAUCAAGGCUGUUUAUGGAACACUUUUUGAAGCUGAACAUCGAUCGACCUUCUACAUUCCUUACUGGAAUCUCCCUUUUGCAAGAUGGAUAGUUCCUAGGCAGCGUAAGUUCCACAAUGACCUCAAGAUUAUAAAUGAUUGCCUUGAUGGGCUUAUCAAAAAUGCCAAAGAGACAAGGCAGGAAACUGAUGUUGAGAAACUUCAACAAAGAGAUUACUCAUCUCUAAAGGACAUCAGUUUGCUGCGUUUUCUUGUCGAUAUGCGCGGUGUUGACGUCGAUGACCAUCAGCUUAGGGAUGAUCUCAUGACCAUGCUUAUUGCGGGACAUGAAACAACUGCUGCUGUGCUUACAUGGUCGGUCUUUCUACUUGCUCAGAACCCCUCGAAGAUGAGGAAGGCCCAGCUGGAGGUAGAUUCCGUUCUUGGUGAAAAGAAAAUAACCCUCGAAUGCCUAAAAAAACUGGAAUAUAUACGGCUUAUCGUUGUUGAAGCUCUUCGUUUGUACCCUCAGCCUCCAUUACUUAUUAGACGUGCUCUCAAAGCAGAUAAACUGCCUGGUGGUUAUAUGGGUUGUGAUGAUGGUUAUGCAAUUCCAGCAGGGGCUGAUAUAUUUAUAUCUGUGUUCAACCUCCACAGAUCACCAUACUUCUGGGACCGGCCAAAUGAGUUCGAGCCAGAGAGAUUUUUAGCUCCAAAGCCAAGCGAAGGCAUUGCAGGAUGGGCAGGCUAUGAUCCCGGUCGUAGUCCCGGAGCCAUGUAUCCGAAUGAGAUAACCUCUGACUUCGCCUUCAUCCCAUUCGGUGGCGGGCCGCGUAAGUGUGUCGGCGAUCAGUUUGCACUGUUGGAAUCCACCAUAGCAUUGGCUCUGCUGCUACAGAAGUUUGAUGUGCUGCUGAGGGGGUCACCUGAUGAAGUCGAAUUGGUCACUGGUGCAACCAUCCAUACCAAAAAUGGUCUCUGGUGCAAGCUGAAGAAAAGGACAUGAACAGAAGGUAAGUUUAGACAAAGAAAUUUAAGGGAAUUUUGAGGAAUGCUUUAUAUAAUCUGUAUAGAUAUUAUGUGAUGUCGUAUGCUCUCCAAAAAUGAUAUGACUAUUUUACA